AUGGAAUCAAUUAUAAGCACUCUAUUCAAAAAGGAAACAAAGACAACGGCGGCUGUCGCUUCACGAUCAAAAAAUGCAACAUUAAUUGAAGAAAGUGAUACAUUACAAUUGGUUUACGAUGUGUUUACUUAUUCUGCAGGUUCAAAUAAACGGAAUUCCGAUACUUGUCUGAUAAAUUUUAUGUUUCUUCAUGGUAGUGGCAUGAACAGAUCUGUAUGGGAAUAUUAUAUUGCCUACAUGUCAAAGCAUUUUGAUAAUAAUACAAAAUGGCAAAUCAAUAAAAUGAUUACACUUGACCAAGUUACACAUGGUGAUUCUGCUGAAAUUAAUAGAAACUUGUUGGGGACCAAUUUCGAUUGGGCAGAUGGAGCUAGAGACGCUUGUAAAGUUGCCCAAGAAGAAUUUUUACCCAAACGUAUGUCAAAUUGUGUUAAUGUUAUUGUCGGUCAUUCAAUGGGAGGAUUUCAAGCAUUAUCAUGUGGUAUUCUUUCACCCACACUCUUUGACCUCAUCAUUGUGAUAGAGCCAGUGGUAUACGUACCGCAUGUAGAAAAUAAAUUGAAUGUAACGAUUGUUCCACCUAGGUUUUACGAGGCACUUUGGAAUAAAAUGGAAGAUAAAUUUAAAGAUAUGAAUGAUUUUAAGAAAUUUAUGAAAAAACGAAGCUUUUAUAAAAAUGCAAACGCUGAAAUAAUAGAGAGGAUGAUCCAGUUUGAAGCUGUUCAUACAGCUGAAGGAAUAAUUAGAACAAAAAUUUCCCAACAACAAAAUAUCAUCUGCUAUUUAACGUUAGAUCCCACAGCUAAGUGGUUGAUCGAUUCCUUGCCAUACAUUAAUACUCCUGUCUACGGAAUUGUCGGUGGAAAGUCAACUUGGUGUCCCCCACAAAACCAAGAAUUAUUAGUAGCAAAGAUUCCUAAAUAUCAAAAAGAUAUAAUUCCCGAUGGUGACCAUUUACUAAAUUUAGAAGAUCCUGGAGAGUGUUUAACGAAAAUUUUUCACUGUGUCAAUAAAUUUGUCGAUAAUUUUAAAAUGAAUAUGAGAAAACGUACCCCUAAUAAGGAUAAUGACCGCUAUAGGUUGAAAUUGUUCGAAGAACAGUUUGCUUUGUUUAAAAAUGAGAGAGUAAAAGAUGGUCCGAUUAAACUGGCAAAAUUAUAA